UCUAAGAUUGGGUCACCCGUAGCGGAAUUCAGCGCGACCCUGGUGGGCCCACUACAGUACUCUUCGUCAGCUACUUUGGUACUCAUUAACACCCCACGCAGCCUCUGAUGCUCAUCCAUCGCUUCAUGAUCAACCUGCGAACGGUCGACCCGGAGGUGCUGAAUUACUCUACCCAUCUUACUAAUCGACAGCAAGAACGGUCGACGGUGCAGUUCAGAAGGCAAAUGAAUCGACUGGGCAAUAUCGGGGAGACGCUGCAGAGUGGUUGGGACAAAGACGAACCCGCGGACGAAGAGAUUGACCGCGCAGAAGUGGACGGGGCGGGACGGGGCGAGAAUAGUGCAGAGGCAUGAACCGACGCCAACAAGUACAAUGGAGUAUGUUCUAUGUCGAGUAAAAACUGUGAAAUUUGUAACGUAUGCAAGCAGGAGACUCAAAGUUUAUGGUAUCGAAUGACUGCCAUCGCGCAAAGUGUCGUGGGGCCUUCAAGUUCUUGGGACAUGUUCUUCCAUACCAGCAUCAGCUUCUAUCACUGGGUGCGUCU